UAAAGGCAUCAUAACGUCUCCAAAUUACCCCGUCCAGUAUGAGAAUAACGCACACUGUGUGUGGGUCAUAACAGCGGUGGAUCCAGAGAAGGUCAUCAAGCUGGCUUUUGAAGAGUUUGAUCUAGAGCGAGCAUACGAUACAUUAACAGUGGGCGACGGAGGGAAGAUAGGUGAUGCUCGAAGAGUCCUUUAUGUCCUCACGGGAUCCAGCGUGCCUGAUUUGAUUGUGAGUAUGAGUAACCAGAUGUGGCUCCAUCUGCAGUCCGAUGACACGAUUGGAUCGCAAGGUUUCAAGGCUGUAUAUGAAGAAAUUGAGAAAGGUGGAUGUGGAGACCCAGGCGUCCCUGCAUAUGGAAAGCGAACUGGGGACCAUUUUUUACACGGUGAUGUGCUGACCUUUGAGUGUCAGGCUGCUUUUGAAUUGGUUGGCGAGAGGACAAUAUCAUGCCAGCAAAAUAACCAGUGGUCUGGAAACAAACCCAGCUGCGUCUUCUCCUGCUUCUUCAAUUUCACCACUCCAUCAGGCAUCAUCCUCUCGCCAAACUACCCAGAGGAAUACGGAAACAACAUGAACUGUGUGUGGCUCAUUAUAGCAGAGCCGGGCAAUCGGAUCCAUCUCAUUUUCAGUGAUUUUGAGUUGGAGCCCCAGUUUGACUAUCUUAUUGUGAAAGACGAAGGCAUGCCGGAGCCCACCACUUUUGGAACGUUCUCUGGGAAGGAUGUACCAUCGCAGAUCGCCAGUAAUGGGCAUAUAAUGCGCUUAGAGUUCCAGUCGGACCACUCAAACACGGGAAAGGGGUUUAACAUCACCUACACAACUUUUGGUCAAAAUGAAUGUCACGACCCUGGUAUUCCCAUCAACGGGCAGCGCUUUGGAGAGCACUUCUUACUGGGCAGCUCAGUGCUCUUCACGUGUGAUGAGGGCUUCAUCAAAACCCACGGAUCCGAAUCCAUCACCUGUGUCAUCCAGGAUGGAAACGUGGUGUGGAAUGCGGCCGUCCCCCGGUGUGAAGCUCCAUGUGGCGGACAUCUAACGGCUCCCAUAGGAGUCUUACUGUCCCCUGGCUGGCCCGGGUACUACAAAGACUCCCUCAACUGCGAAUGGAUGAUUGAAGCCAGAAAGGAUCAUGCCAUCAAGAUAUCUUUUGACAGGUUUCAGACGGAGGUUAAUUACGACACGCUGGAGGUUCGGGACGGGCCCUCCAACUCGUCGCCUCUGAUCGGCGAGUACCACGGCACUCAGGCCCCCCACUUCCUCAUCAGCACCGGCAAUUACAUGUACCUGCUCUUUACCACCGACAACAGCCGUUCCAGUGAAGGCUUCCAGAUCCGCUACGAGAGCAUUAUGAUGGAUACAGAUUCCUGUUUAGAUCCAGGUAUCCCGGUGAAUGGGAAAAGGCACGGGAACAAUUUUGCCAUCGGCUCCAGAGUGACAUUCAGCUGUGAUCAAGGCUAUACUCUGAGUGAUGAUGAACCCAUUGUGUGUGAGAGGAACCAUCAGUGGAACCAUGCCCUGCCCAGCUGUGAUGCUUUGUGUGGGGGCUAUAUCUAUGGAAAAACCGGAACGGUUCUUUCCCCUGGUUUUCCAGAUUUCUACCCAAACUCUCUGAACUGCACUUGGACGGUAGAAGUGUCUCAUGGGAAAGGAGUGCAGCUUCUCUUCCACACGUUCCACCUGGAGGACUCCCAUGAUUACCUGCUCAUUACCGAGGAUGGCAGCUUCACCGAGCUGGUGGCCAGGCUCACAGGCUCCGUCCUGCCGCCCUCCAUCAAAGCAGGCCUGUUUGGCAACUUCAGCGUCCAGCUACGCUUCGUCUCGGACUUCUCCAUGUCAUACGAGGGAUUCAAUAUCACCUUCUCUGAGUACAGAUUGGAGCCAUGUGAGGAUCCGGGAGUACCCGCAUACAGCAGGAGGGUGGGCUUCCAGUUCGGGGUCGGCGACUCACUGGUCUUUUCCUGCUUUGCGGGCUACCGUCUGGAAGGCGAGAGUAAGAUCACUUGCUUGGGUGGAGGCCGGAGAGUGUGGAGUGCAGCCCUGCCCAGAUGUGUGGCUGAGUGUGGAGCCACUUCUGUGGGCAGUCAGGGUGUCCUGCUGUCCCCCAAUUACCCAGCAAAUUAUGACAACAACCAUGAGUGCAUCUACCGCGUUGAGACUGACAGAGGCAAGGGGAUUCAAAUCACAGCCACCACCUUCCAGCUUCACGAGGGAGAUUUCCUCAAGGUUUAUGAUGGUCAAGAUAGUUCAUCAAGACCCCUGGGCAAUUUUACAAAAAACGACAUGUCUGAUGUCAUCCUCAACAGCACGUCCAACCAUAUCUGGAUGGAGUUUAACAGCAAUGGAACUGGUUCCAGCAAAGGAUUCAAGCUGUCGUACAGUAGUUUUGACCUUGUCAAAUGUGACGAGCCGGGGACGCCUAAUUAUGGCUAUAAAAUCCAAGACGAUGGCCAUUUUGCAGAUACAUACGUUUUGUACAGUUGCAAUCCUGGAUACACACUGCAUGGAAGCAGCACACUGACGUGCCUCAGUGGAGACCGUAGGGUGUGGGACAAACCACUUCCAUCUUGUAUUGCCGAGUGCGGAGGACACAUUAGCGACGCCACAUCUGGACGGAUUCUGUCUCCUGGUUACCCGGCCCCCUAUGACAACAACCUUCACUGCACCUGGUCCAUUGAGGCGGACACAGGCAAAACCAUCAGCCUCCACUUCAUAGUCUUUGACACAGAAGUGGACCAUGACAUUCUGAAGGUUUGGGAUGGACCAGCGGAGAGUGGCAUUCUGCUGAAAGAGUGGAGUGGAUCGCUUUUACCCGAGGACACUCACAGUACCUUCAACAUCCUCACGCUUCAGUUUGACAGCGAUUACUUCAUUAGCAAGUCUGGUUUCUCCAUCCAGUUCUCUACUACAGUUGCCACGACCUGCAAUGACCCAGGGACCCCUCAAAAUGGGACACGCUACGGAGACAGCAGGGAGCCUGGUGACACCAUUACCUUUCAGUGUGACCCUGGGUACCAGAUUCAAGGAGUGUCUGAAAUCACUUGCGUUCAGCUAAACAGCCGAUUUUUCUGGCAGCCGGACCCACCCACCUGCAUCGCUACCUGCGGGGGCAAUGUGACAGGGCCUGCUGGGGUAAUUCUAUCACCCAACUAUCCCCAACCCUACCCACCAGGAAAAGAGUGUGACUGGCGGAUAAAAGUCAGCCCUGACUUUGUCAUCGCUUUAAUCUUCAAAAGUUUUAACAUGGAGCCCAGCUAUGACUUCCUCCAUAUCUAUGAGGGUGAGGACUCCAACGGACCCCUGAUCAUCAGUCUGCAGGGCAUCCAGGUUCCUGAGCGCAUCGAAAGCAGUGGAAACAGCCUUUUUCUGGCCUUCCGCAGUGAUGCCUCCCUGGGGAUGUCUGGUUUUGCUAUCGAAUAUAAAG